CUGCAUUGAUCGAAGGAGAAUUGGACAGUGGAUUUCUACAUUGGUGUUCCCCCUUCUGCAGGCGAGGCUGUUGAUGGUCAUUUCUGGUCGAAUCUCUUUGCCCCAAGGUUUUUUCCGAUCCGAUCUUUGCAUGGAGACCCGCCGUGUUGCCAGAUACCCCAAUUCCUCCCUGUUGUGACAAAGGCCCUUUGCCAAAAGUUGCCCGCGACCAUGAGCUCGAAGCGCAGAAGCGGCCAUGCAGGCUUGACCGAGGACUUUACAGCCACUCCAGAUCCCAAGCGACGCAAGCGGAACGACGACACCCACUUUCCCGAAGUCGAAUCGGCGCAAACCACCACUGAUCUCGGCCUCAAGCUAGUCUCUCAGCUGAAGAGAUCCCAAGACAAGAAUGGGCGAAAUGUGGCACAUCACUUCAUCGACCUACCCAGCAGGGUCGACUAUCCAGAUUAUUACCAGCAGACCCCAAUGCCCUUGUCCCUGAAUAUGAUCGAGCAACGCCUUCAAGACUUCCAAUAUCAGAAUAUGGAGGAGCUCGAGGCUGAUCUCAAAAGAAUGGUCCAAAAUGCAAAAGAUUAUAAUAGUAAUAAGUCUUCCAUUUUCGAGGACGCCGAGAGGAUUCGAAAGGCGUUGUCAAACUAUAUGCCCAAACACAAUCCGGCAUAUCUCCGCCCAGAUUAUCGCGCAUAUCCUACUCCUAUACCCCAGGAGUUGCUCAACCAACUCAGAGAGUCUUCAGCCGACAACUCAGACGCUGUACUCGUUCAGCCAGAAAAGAUCAAGAUUCAUCUGAAACGGCGACGAAGUGAGGCCACGCCAAGUACCUUGGGCAAUGUUCCAGACGAAGACCUGAAGCCUGCGAUGCUAGAGUUUCUGGACCUGUUAUCAAGCCAGGAGGAUGCAAUCAACUUUGAGCAGAAGCCAUCGAAACGAGACUAUCGCGAUUACUACAAGGUCAUUGCCGAGCCGAUCGCCAUCGAAGACAUUCGUGACCAAGUCGAGAACGGUGCAAUCAACGACUGGAAUGUAUUGGCAUCCAAAGUCCGCCUGAUAUGGACCAACGCAAGGGAAUACAAUACGGAAGAAUCCGACAUCUACCGAAUGGCUGACGAUCUCGAACAAUGGUCGGAGCAGGAGAUGCAGAGGCGAGGUGUCGCACCGGUGCCUCGAACUAACUUGAAGUUGUCUCUGUCCCAGCCAUCGAGGCCGAAGGCUCUACGCUUAACCAUGGGCUCGCAAACUCCCACGCCGACCGUUGCAGGCGGCACUAUCGACAGCGAGUCAUUGCGGCGCCAAAAGGAAGAAAUGGGACAGGCACUGUCUCGUGCUCAGCGAGCUAGCUCGAGAACCCACCAAGCCAAUGGCUCAACACCAGGCCCAUUAAGCGCAACUGCUAGCUUCCGGCGUAGCAUCUCUGAGAUUACUGACCAACAAGACACCAUAGUAGCCGACACCAAUGGCACAGGGGCGGCGUCAUCUGAGGCAACCGUCAAGGUGUCUCAGACUCCCGCACCAGUCCAUCUGCCCACCUCAGUCGUGGAGACUGACCCUGCACACCCCGGAAACCCACCCCUUACUAAUGGAAAUGUCCACCACGACCAGUCAAAGUCGCUGACAAGCAGAGAGUCCCUGCAAUCGGAGAAUCCCCUCGAACGACGUUACCGGGAUCCAGGAAAAGAUAUUCUCACCGCGCUCAUUCGGUCCGUAAUUUUUCAGACCAACCCAAAUCAAGCCUCAGACCCCAGAUGGAAACUUGUGAGGUAUGCCUCACCAGACAAAACCCAGACUUCAGGCUUGAUAUCAUUGCCAUCAAGUUACAGCAUGAUUCGGGUCAUCCCCAACCUCAAUGUCAUAGAAUUGUCACAGCGUCGCCGUCACAAGGUUUUUGUCACCCACAAUGGUACUCUUUAUCGAGAGCCGAACUCUUCACAACGAGGAGCAUACGACAUUAACCUUUACCCGGGAGAGAACUUGAUCAAUGUGGAAGUCCUAGCAGACUUGAGACAGGGUGAAAAGAAAGCGUACGCUCCUCCGCAGCUGCAAUUCGAUUUUGAGAAAUGCGGAAUGAUCAUCAAUCUGGGUGGCAUCCCUGGCUGAUCGUGAUGAACUGAACUGAGUGAGCAAACAUGGCCGUGGAUUGAGGGCCAUGUCCCUAACGAAGACAUAUGUAUCAAGAGGGAUGGCUUCGAUUCCACAAGGACACGCUGAUGGGCGGCGUAGGUCUAUUGGCAAUCCGACUUGCCAGGGGGAAUUUCCGCGUUGUAUAACCAGUCGCUGUUGUGUUGGAAAGGGGACGAUACAACCUGGAGCGCUUUGUGAAUUCUUGAACCCCUGCAGUGUACAGAUCGUCAUGCAGCAAGGUUUGUCGCAGGCACACGCCACGGACAUGAGCGGGCCAGGCUCCCAGUUGUUUGAUUUUGUAAAAUCCAAGACGUUUAACCUGUUGAUAACACCGCCCAGGGUUUCCUAAACGAAACCUUCGCCGUACUAUUCAUGGAUAGCGCAGCGAUGGUAAACCAGCGACAGAGGUGGAUAGACAUCGAGUUAAAUAACGCUACUUACUGUAGGCUUGCUAUGCUC